AACGUCCUAAUAGGGAGCAAUGUUUUCCACAUCACUCUAUUAGAGAAUAAAUAUGAGUGGCAGACUGGCAGGCUUCCUAUUUGGGAACAAAUUAAACCUGCCAGGGCGGUUUAAAUCACGUAUAGAGCACUAUUUUAGGAUUGUGUACCAAAAUGUGAAUACCGAAUUUUCUUGAAUUGCCGCCGGGGCGCUAAUUAAUUUAAAACCUCUUCUCACUCUUGCGCUUACCAAAGGCAUGCGGUAAAAGUAAGCAUGUGCUAAUUAUUUUAAAACCUCUUCUCACUCCGGCAGUUACCAAAGUCAUGCAGUACAAAUUUGAGUGUGAUGUAAGCCUGGACCUUAAAUCCUACUGAAUAGCUCUUAAUCUUCUUCCCUUUAUGCAAUUUCAAAUUACCGGUAUUGAAAUCAGCUUCCUCCAUUUUGAAAAUGAUGACAGGGGAAGUGUCACUUGUGACGUCACGAGUUUGACGAGGCGGUAAUACUAAGCAUGCGCUAAUUAUUUUGGGAAGCGAGUUUGACCCGGCAGUUAUUCAAGGCAGGCGCAUACUAUAUGCUCUGCGGCAAUUCCAGGAAAUACGGUAUAUCAAAUUUGAAAUAAUAAUGAACACAAUGUAAUUAAAUAGCCUUUGAAAAAUAACGUUGUCCAUUAAUUAAAAAUCUCAUUAAUUGAAUCUCCAUCCAUCCAUUUUCUACCGCUUAUUCCCUUUCGGGGUCACGGGGGGCGCUGGCGCCUAUCUCAGCUACAAUCGGGCGGAUCUCAAAAUGCUUUAAUGACAUGUACGUAAUUUCAUUGGAGGUGAUCGUAUUGACUUCCGGACACAUUAAGCUCACGGAAGUCGGUGGGAAAGGGUAGUGCUGAGUCCAAGUUCUCAUGGAAAGCAGCUACGACACCUCCAGUCAAAUUCUGAUACUCCGCAACGUCUGAGAAGAAAUUUCAGAGUAUCCAGUCACAAACAAUAACCCCCUGCCGGCACGCCACCUGCCACAGUGGAGCCGAGUCGGGCGUCUCGGAAUGCCGUGCCCGCCUCGACGUUUACCGGCGAAUCGACUGCAGCCGCUGCAUGUCGCCCCGCAGGGAGACAGAGGAGGGCCUAAGACCGCGACAGCAGCUGCUGGUCACGGCGACGCAAACCGCCGCGUCGCGUCACUCCAGAAGAACAUUGAGUUUUUACAGCAACAACACAAGCAAACUCUGGCUAAACUUCACGAAGAAGUGGAAUAUCUUCGAAGGGAGAACAAAGAGUUGAAAUAUAAGAUGAUCAUGGACGCUCCCAAGUCAAAUAAAAAAGGUCAGAAAAACAGUCACGUUGGUUUUGGUACAGAAACUCAAGCAAAAGGACCCUCACAGUACCAUAUGCAAAGUGUGGGAGGUUGCAGAGAAACUCUAGGACCCUUCAGACCUAAACGUGGCUCAGGUACGUCGGGGGCACAGCCUCGACAACUUCACACCAAUCCAUCAUCCCAGCCACCGCACGCUUCCAACCUGCGGGAUUGUGAGCUCAUCAUCCAGCAGCUCUACAGCACCAACAGUUUACAGUCUCAAGAAAUUGUGCGCUACAAGGCUUUGCUGACAGAUAUUGUACUCAACAAGAAAAUCACCCCAGAAAACUACAACUUGACCAAAGAAUACCUCAUUGAUAGUACCAGCAAACUUUCAGACAGCAACAUGUUUCCUAAAUUGGGUCUGCAAACAGCAAAAACGACUGGUGUGACCCUGCCAGCGCUCACACAAAGCAUUAGCUCCACCAUGGCAGAGCGCCAGAGGAGGGCUCGUGCCGUGCACAGAGGCCAUGUCAAGGCCACAGUGCGUUGAGAAGAUAACAGAUCAUCAUCACCCCUCAGCACCAACCACCUUCAAGAUGGCUAAGGUGUUGGUGAUUACCAAAUGGAGAGGUAAAGCUCAUGUGGACAAAAGUUUUAGGACCGUUGAACAACUCCAUAUCUUCACUUCCUGUGGGUAUCAUGAAGUAGAAGUUUGUGUAUUAAGUCAUAAAAUUAUCGCAGGAAUUCAAAAGUAUAUUUUCAUUAAAAGUUGGACUUUUGGACCUACA